AAGCCAAGGGUCAAUGGACGAUAUAUUUUAUAUGCCAGGUGUAAAUGACUUAGGACUCGUAAGUCAGCCAGGCACUUGGCUAAUGCUGACGGAACUGGCGGAGCAUAUCUGCAGGUCGACGCUGGAUUAUAUGAUCCGUCGACGGUGUUUGCCUAUUUAGUGGCUUGAACCGUCACACAACCAGCUGAUUCGCAGACCAAUGCGCGAGCUCACGAAUAAUUGGCAACUGCCGUCGAUAGUACCAAUUACUGGUACGCAUUCGAGGAAGUACUCCCGCAGUACAAGCAUGGUGUCAAAUUCGCAGCUCCAGUACCGAAUUAUAGCCGCCUACGACGCUGCUACGUACGAGUCAGCAGGCGGGCAACUGCCAGUAUCCUACGCCAACGUUGCCAUGCCAUAUCCUCGUAGAUGGAGCGAGAAAUGGAAGCGAUAUGGACCAAUGAGACCAUGGACUUCGGUCUUGGGUCUUUGCCGGCAUAACGUUACGACUUGGUGCAUGCUGCUUGCACGUGUACGAUGGACACUGCGGAGGAUGCGAUGGUUGUUGCCGAUCGCAGGCGCAUGUAUAUGGAGUGUCUGGACUACAUGUGGUGGAUGCCAGUGCGUUUCCGUUUCUGGCGCCUGGUCUUCAGCAGUCUUACCUUAAACAGUGUGUAAGUUGCGGGCACCUCCAACCAAACAGGCCCGCCUUUGACAUACUUACCUAUGCUUGCGGAAACAUCGCGACGCGAACAUCAACAGUUUAGA